GAAGUGGCAACGUCGCUUUGUCAUGACAUUUAUAGUUUUUGCUAAUCAUGAAAAUUUUGUAUUGAAAAUCCAAACUAAUUUUUAAAAAUGAAUGAAUUAAAAGUUGAUAACAUAAUUAUCCAAGUUCGAGAUAAGUUACAAAAAGACGGGAUUAAGCUAUGGUUAAGUCCAUAUUAUUUACCUACAGGACCAUCAACUUGUGAAUUAGAAAGACUGGCAAGGGAGUAUAGUUCUGAUUUAAAUAUUCAGUACGAUUGCUGCUAUGCUGCCGUUAGCGAAUUACAAUCUAUCGCUUUGGAAAAGUUGAAGCAAAGAGAUUUGUACCGCGCUUCAGGAAUUGCUACCUUAAAAAUGAAAAUACUUGUGCAAAAUGUUCCCCCAAAGUUAAUAUCUCGGCAAAUUUGUUUAAAAGAGAUGGGACAACACUUGAAGCGUAUGGUGUCGGAAACAACAAAUGUACCUGAAGAAAGUUUAAAAUUGAUCGCAAACGGGAAAGUUAUAGAGGACAGCAAGUCACUUUUCGAGCAGGGUGUACAAAACGGCCAGCAAAUUUUAGCCCUAACUCUUAACCAGUCGCUAACUGACCUGCGCGAAACCGAAAGUCGCUGUCAAGAGAUUGAGAAUGUUAAGGCAGAUACACAACUUUUAGCAUCCGAUGACAAUGAUUAUAUGGAGCUGGAAGAUCAAGCCGGUAACCCUGUAAGAAUACCCGCUCAUGAACGAAAAGCGCUUAUGGUCGCGCUUGCCUUACACGAAAAAGGAAAAAGUGCCUUGAAACGCGAAGAUUAUUCUCGCGCGCUGGUAUUUUUUUUAGAUGCUGACAAGGAGUUUAGCCAGUGCAAUUCACAAUUAUUAAAUUCUGUCGAUAAUUACGCCUUGUUAGACCUCGAUAUCGCUUGGUGCUACUUGUGCCUUCAAAGUGUCAGUCAACUACCGGAAGCUUACAAUCGUUUGAAAAGGUGCCAAACUGUGUUCGAGAAAAGCUACGGGCCCAAUUUGGAACGAUUAAUCGCCGUCAAGGGGACCCCUGGGAACGAAGCAGUAUUGUUUUUGCGACUGCAUCUACUACAAGGAAUUGUACUUUUCCAUCAGAAUAAACGCGAAGAAGCCUUACAGUUAUUUAAACAAGUCGAAAGAGAACUACAAAAACUGAAAGUCGACGAAAACAGCUUAAUCGCCCUCAUGGAAUUAGGUUACUCAGCUGCCGAGGCAAGGUUAGGCCUACGUGCGGUACAUGGCGACGUAAACAGUGCAGCUAACUACAUUAAUGAAAAUCGAGAAAAACGAGCGGAGAGUCGCCUUAAAGCCAAGGAGGAGAAGCUGUUACGAAGGGAACAAGAGAGACUCGGAAGGUGCGCCGAUGGUAAGCAAUUCGUCAAUCCUAGCUUUGUCAAGAUACUUACGGAUAUGGGUUACAAGAAGGAGGCGGCUCGUUCCGCUCUCAAAAACUGUAAUAAUAUUAUUUCUGAUAGCGUUCAGUACAUUCAAGAAAAUCCAGGUCCCAGUAGCUCAGUGAGCGCUGAAAUGUUAUCAUUGGUGCACGGCUUAAUUCCGGAGCUGGAGGCCGCUGGGUUUGAUGCGAAUAUGGCUAGGAGAGCGUUAGAGGAGUGUGAUGGCGAUGUGAUGAAAGCUGCCAAUACAUUGUUAACCAAUAGUGGUGUUAUUCAUGAUGAUGACAAGAAAGAAAAAAUGGAAGAAGCUUACUUGCGACUAUCUGAAGAUAUCUCAAUGGUUGAUGAUGACCAUUUGGAUCUGACUUUGCAACAAGAAGCGUUGUUUUUGCAGCAGUACAUGUCCCUGUUAAAUCCUCCAAUGUAAAUAUUGUUAAUUUUGAACUUGGUUCUGUGCUUUGAUGUGAUAUUAAUGUUACGUAAGAAAAAGAAAGUUUGCUGAUUA